AUACGACAGCUACAAGACCAGGCAAAGGACAAGAUUCCUCGAGCCUUCCCUGUCAUCAACCAGGAUAUCCCAACUCUGUAUAACGUUAAUUUCCUUCCCCGCUCUCACCCUAGACAGUAGGGUUCUGCACACGCGCUACAGGCUGUCCUUAACUUAAAUCUCUAGCUCUCACAACACAGCUGGAGAACCGCGCUAGAUUUGGUGCUUACUUGUAGCGUUUUCAAAAGACACUACGAGAAACCCACACAAGUUGUGUCACGAAUACUGAAGUGCCCAAAGUUAUGGUAACUCGCGUUGCGUCAGGCUUCUCUGUACAGAGAGUUUGGUUGUUGCUGGUAAUCGUCGUCGUACUCUGCGGCUCGGUGACACAACAGGCGUCGGCUUGGUUUACUAACGACGAAUGUCCUGGUGUAAUGGGUAAUCGUGACCUCUACGAGAAAGUGGCCUGGGUGUGCAACGACUGCGCCAACAUCUUCCGCAAUAAUGACGUGGGGGUCAUGUGCAAGAAAGACUGCUUUCACACCAUGGAUUUCCUGUGGUGCGUCUACGCGACGGAACGCCACGGAGAAAUAGACCAGUUUAGAAAAUGGGUCAGUAUUCUUCGGGCAGGACGCAAGUGAGGACAAGAAGACUUUUCGAAACUCCACCUACUUCCCCAUUGUCAUUUUUACCCAUGUUUUCUUGCAAAGGUUAACAUUUAUGACUAGAAAAACUCUCACAAUGGUAGAAUUUUAGUCGCCCAUCACUUUUCUUUAACUGUUAAACACCUGUUAAGCUUGAAUAGCUAUCUAUUAAUCAGGUAUUAAUUAUCUUUGUUGAGAUUCAUAACAUAGCAUAGGAAGAGUAAGUUAAACAGUGCAGUAUACUUAUAUAUUUCCCCAUAUGUUUAGUUGGUUAUGUUUUUUAUUAAUUAAUAUAAAAUGCACACCAAGACUUCUAUAUUUAUUGGCAAACGCAGUGGAUGCCUGAUCUUUUCUGUGCUGAAAUCUGUAUAAAUAGGUGUAGUCAUGGAAUUAAACAAACUAAUGCGAUGGGAUGGCCUAUUGUUAGACUCUCGUUCUAGAAGGGGAAGGGGUGGCAGGGUAACUAACAGUGUGUUACCGCUGCAAGCUUCAAAGAACUCUUAUUGGAGCCAGAUGAUUCUCAGUACUAUGUUUCUUGAGGGAGGAAUUUUCUAUUUUUGUAUUAUAUUUUAGUUACAAUGAAUGUGAUAUUAAUUUUAAUUUGUGAUCCCAUUUUCGAAUCUCAUUUUUCAUGGAACAUCAUCUUUAGUUAAAUCUUUCGCCUCUCUGACUAUAGAUUGAAAUUUGAUAUAAUUUUCAGUAAACUGUGAGUACA